AUGGGUAACUGGUCUGCUCCUAAUACAAGAUUCCAUGAGCCGGUCCGAGGCCUUGGAUUCAGUCGGUUGCUCAAAAAGCUGAAUCCUCGAAACGUUUCUAUGGUCAAUAACACGCGCCCUCAUAGACGAAGAGUAAAUCCACGUGUAAUUAGACAUGGUCUCUUAAGAGCCAUGACUAGAGACACCAAUAGAAUUCUUCCUCGUCUAUGGAAUCGUAAUAUGGAUGAUUGGUUGACCAUGGUUGAUAUUGUUCGUUCAGUUCGUGCUGGAAACGAUAUUCCCCCCCCCCUAAGGUUUCGACGUGGAGAGGCCUCCCAGGACCAACGGAAAAGAGCAAGAACCCAAAAUAAUCAAGCAAACAUUAGAAAUGUUUGUCAACGCCAUAAGGCUAACAAGAUUGUACAGGGCAUAAACCCUAAAGUUGUGACAAGCGCAGUAAUAAACAGUAAAAGAUCAAACGCUUUAUUUGAGAGCAUAGACCGUUUUCAAAUCUUUGAAAUCUUAAGAAUGUAUUUCCAGAACAACUUUUCGAAGGAUUUUGAUUUGCCUUAAAAAAAAACUAGGAUCGUUUUUGUGUAUUCUUGGGGGAGAUGGACAUUGAGAUAUGUACGUUUGGUCAUACCCAAAGAAGUCUUUUAUUGUACGUAUCAAUGAUUAAGAGCGAUGAAUAAGAUCUGUUUCAGGUUAUUGAUGAAUCACUGUAAAACAAGCUUGUUCAUCAAGAAGGUCAGCCACGAAGAGUUGAAAGGAGUAUGGAUAUGUAUGAACCCCAAAUACACCCAAGAAGGAUAUCGCCACGGCUAACCGAUAGCAGAAUGAGGUUAAAAACAUGGCAUACAGUGGC